AUGAGGCGAAUCAUGGACGAAGCUGAGAGUGAAAAGGAUGCUGAAACAGAUGUCACUGAUCAUCUCAAAGUUGUGGCCAAAGGCACUAAUAUAAGGGUGGUUCCUAUUGUUGGUGGCAUGUCAACAGAAAAGCAGGAAAGACUUCUGAAAACAAGGCCUGAGGUUGUUGUUGGAACUCCAGGGAGGCUAUGGGAACUUAUGUCAGGUGGAGAAAUUCAUCUUGUUGAGCUGCAUUCAUUGUCCUUCUUUGUGCUGGAUGAGGCUGAUCGCAUGAUAGAGAAUGGUCAUUUUCAUGAGUUGCGGUCCAUAAUUGACAUGCUUCCUGUUACCGCCGGAUCAAUUGAAGGGCAUUCUCAGAGUACAGAUAAUUGUGUGACAGUUUCGAGCUUCCAAAGAAAGAAGAGGCAAACUUUUGUGUUUUCUGCAACUAUUGCCCUCUCUGCUGAUUUCCGGAAAAAGCUAAAGCGUGGAUCACUAAAAUCCCAACCAAAUGAUGCAAUAAAUUCAAUAGAAGCUCUUUCUGAACGAGCAGGAAUGAGAGCCAAUGCUGCUAUUGUUGAUCUGACAAAUGUGUCAAUUGUAGCAAAUAAACUUGAGGAGUCGUGUAUUGAAUGCAGGGAAGAAGAUAAAGAUGCCUAUUUGUAUUACAUUCUAAGUGUUCAUGGACAAGGCCGCACAAUUGUCUUUUGUACAUCAAUUGCAUCUUUACGACAUAUUUCUGCUCUCUUGCGCAUUCUCAGCAUUAAUGUUUGGACUCUUCAUGCCCAGAUGCAGCAGCGAGCACGCUUGAAGGUCACUGAUCAUCUCAAAGUUGUGGCCAAAGGCACUAAUAUAAGGGUGGUUCCUAUUGUUGGUGGCAUGUCAACAGAAAAGCAGGAAAGACUUCUGAAAACAAGGCCUGAGGUUGUUGUUGGAACUCCAGGGAGGCUAUGGGAACUUAUGUCAGGUGGAGAAAUUCAUCUUGUUGAGGCAGUUGAUCGUUUUCGCACAAAUGAGCAUGGUAUACUUGUUGCCACUGAUGUUGCUGCAAGAGGCCUCGAUAUUCCUGGUGUCCGAACUGUUGUUCACUACCAACUUCCACAUUCAGCAGAAGUCUAUGUUCAUAGAAGUGGAAGAACUGCUAGAGCCUCUUCUGAUGGAUGUAGCAUUGCUUUAAUCUCGUCAAAUGAUACAUCAAAAUUUGCUGCUUUGUGCAAGUCAUUUUCAAAGUUGAGGGACGGUCGAAGAAGAAAGUCAGUCGAAUGGCAUGCCUCACCCUUCUGGGGUGGGGACUUUGAUACUACUUCGGUCGCCACUAAGGAAACCCUUUGA